AUGGUCGUGUCUAAAGCUCUGGCCAAGGCUUCGGCCAAGGCUUCGUCGCUCAAGCCUGAGAUCCGCCUCGCUCAGGCACUCUCCGAGUUCGAAGCCAGUCUGACCCAGGAGCAAAAAACUACGUUUCGCACGCUGAAAUCGCAGUCGGUUUCGACGGCACCUACUCCGAGCGAUGUGAUGCGGCUGACGGCCGAAGUUGAUCGUCGCAUGUCCAAAAAGUUCAGUGGUCAAUGUUUCGGUCCACGAUUCACAAACUUCCUGCAAGGAGUCCAGCAGUUUGCUGCUCUUGGCGAUGUUGUAGUUGGAGGUUCGCAGAACCUGAUAGCAUGUGGUGUAUGGUCGUUGGUGCGAAUGUCCUUGUUGUCGAUUGUGAGCAUGUCCAACUACGUAGACAGCUUAUCGUCGAUAUUCAUGGAUAUCGGACGAUCCACUCCACGCCACCAAGCGAUAAGCGUGUUGUAUCCUCAAUCAACGAAAUUACAAUCGUACCUUUCCGAAUACUUCAUUGUAGUCGUCGCACUUUGCCGUUAUCUGUUCAAUUUCGGGCAGAAAUCGAUUCUUCAACAGUUCACAUCAUCUUUGAAUGACGGAGACUUGAGAGCAUUUCGGACAGAUCUCGACAAAUGGGCAUUGUCGAUCACAAACGAGAUGCAAUUUAACGAAGCCCAAGAGAGUUCUGGUUUUAGAGCUCUAUCUCGGUCAAUGUUCAAAUCUGCGUCGCAUCAGCAGAAGUUUGCUACGAAGAACCGAGUGCUUGACUUCUGCUCUACGUACGACCACGAAAUUGUGUGGAAGCAGACAAGAAAGGCCGGAAAUACAUCGCUUUAUACACAUUUUGUGGAAUACGAAAAGUGGAGAGAUUCUUCGCAUUCUUGCACAUUAAUUUGUACAGGCAAGCUGGGAUCUGGUAAAUCCGUACUUCUGGCGAACAUUGUAGACGACCUCAACCUCUCUACUGAGAAAGAGCGACCCCUGGUAACGUACUUUUUCUGCAGACACGAUAUCCCAGAAAGUCUGCAAGCACGCGUUAUCCUUGGUUCGCUAGCGCGGCAAUUGCUACGGACUGUCGAUGAUCAUGAGAUACUCUUGGAUACCUGCGAAGAUACUCACACAUCCGGUGACACCGACAAGAUACUAGAACUCAUCCUCCAAGGCUACCCUCCUGAUCAUAAAGCGUACUUUGUCAUAGAUGGACUAGAUGAAUGCGACGACGAAGAGAGAAGGGUGCUAGUGCAAGCAAUUGGGGAGAUCCAAGGGAAACUUAACGUCCUGGUCUGUGCUUCGUUUCGCGUGGAGCCGAACAACGGUCUGCAGUCGAUUACACAUCAUCUCUUGUCCACUCGCAUCGUUCCGUUGCCAGAGAAGAACCCAGAUAUUGACGCCUUCAUUGAAGCCGACCUGCGUCGUUGCUUGGACCAAGAGCUGCUAACAAUCGGAGAUGCUACCUUGAUCAUCGACAUACAGGAUGCGCUUGUAGCUGGUUCACAGGGAAUGUUUCUUUGGGCAGCUCUUCAGAUCCGGUCGUUGUGUGGUAUGAAGACCGAUCACGAUAUCCGUGAAGCACUGACGGACCUACCUCAGAAUCUCUCAGAGACGUUUACACGGAUCUUGUACAAGUCGGGGAGUCCUGACCGACCCCUUCAAGCAAAGACGCUACAGCUGGUGUUGACAGCGUGUCGGCCCUUGACGACUGGCGAGUUGAGAGAAGCCCUGAGUGUUACUCCUAGCGACACGACCUGGGAUCCGUCUAGACUAUUGAACAAUGUUCAUUCAGCCCUAGCUUACUGUGGAUGUCUUCUAACAGUCGAUGAGGAAGAAUCCACUGUUCGAGUUGUACACCACAGCGUCAAGCAAUACUUCCUGCACGGCCUUGACGAUGCGAGACAUAUUGGGUUCACUAUCGAAGACGCACAGGUAACUAUGGCGGAUAUUGUCAUCACUUAUCUUGCAUACGGUGUCUUCGAAACUCAGAUGACCAAGACCGCAAUUCGUCCUAUCAUGGCACGAUCAGCACCUUCAAGGAUCCUGCAAAGCACCAUGGGGUCUUCGAGUACUCGUCAACUCGCGAUGAGGCUUCUUGGAUCUAGAAAGCAACCUACAUUCGAUUUGAGCAAAACUCUCGCAGAAGCGCGUGGCUCUUCAAACGCUAAGCCAGAACACGUAUUUACGUUCUAUGCUUAUGCGAAGACAUACUGGCAAGAUCAUAUCUGGUAUGUCUCGGGCAAAGACCAUCGCAUUCACAAGCUCUCUGUCAACCUCAUCGAAACCCGACGCUCGGAAUUGAGAGCUCUGGAUACAUUCUCUGGCAUGAAAUGCCGCAGGGCUGCUAAGCACAAUAUGAGACUUCUCAAUCUGCUGUAUCAAGAACACAGGACACCUCAUGGUCAGAUCGAAGAAAUGCAAUACACCCUACAUACGCCACUGAUGUGGGCAAUACAUCAUGGAGACAGAGAUGCUGUUGAAACACUGCUUAAAGCUGGCAUUGACGUCAACGAUGGAGGCGGUUUUUCAAGAGUAGAUUGGGAUUUCUCGGAAGAGUCAAUAAUUCAACCAACACUGACACCACUAAUCCAAGCGGUAAGGAGAAAAGACAAAGACAUUGUGGAGCUACUCCUCGAGAACGACAAACUUGACCUUAAUGCGAGAGACAGUGAGCGCCGUACAGCGCUCGAAUGGGCCCUGAAGAGAAGAGAUGAUGAUAUCAUCAAACUACUGCUCAACGAUGAUAGGACUGGAUUUGAUGGAACGCUCAUGGGAGGGAUGACGCCACUGACGGCAGCGGCAUCUCAAGGAGACAAAGAUAUUAUUCAGCUAUUCCUUGGCAAUAGUAAGGUUUAUAUUGGUCAGGCGGAUACUGAGAACCGGACGGCGUUGAUGAUGGCAGCGUUGAAUGGGCACAAAGAUGUAGUUAAGCUCUUGCUUGCUACUUACGAUGCAAGCGUCAGCAGCUGGUUCAAGGAGUCUACGAAGGGGAUUCCUAGUCAUAGACACAUUGAACCAGCCACUAGGUCUUCAUACAUCAACGCGGCUGAUGACGAAGGAAAGACGGCGUUGAUGAUGGCAGCAUCAAAUGGACAUGAAGACGUAGUCGAGCUACUGCUUGCUACCAACGAUGUUAACAUCAACCAUGUUGACAUGGAAAGAGAGACAGCGUGGGAUCUUGCAAGAGAACACAAGAACAUAGUUGAGAUGCUGCAGUCAUACUCACUUCGUGUUGCUAUGGAUCGUCUAGGAAAGAUGAUAGAGAAGAUUAAUUGA